GUUGGUUAUCUUUUGCCCGUCGUUGCGGGUAUAAGUGUUUACACGUGUUUCGGAUAUCAUUAUUUAGUAUUUUCUAUUUUUUCUCGUAGUUUAAUGAAUAUAAGUUGACUUAUCCUAUUGGUGGUGGUUAAUUAAUAACAUCAACUAAUUACGAAAGGCUUAAGUACGAUGGAUAGCCUAAGUAUAAUAACGACCGACAUUCGCAUUGCUUUUAAAAAGAAACAGUUCCUGGUGGGUGUUUUCUUGGAUAUCGCAUCUGCGUAUGACCACGUGCUGGUUCCGGUGCUCAGGCAAAAAAUGCUUCAGCUGAGUAUUCCUGAGAAGUUGGUACGUUUUGUUUGCAAUGCAGUUUCGAAUCGUUAUAUUAUUAUAAGAUCUCAAAAUACGGAGCUGUCUCCUAGAUCUAUUUGGAGGGGCUUACCUCAAGGUUCUGUUUUGAGUCCUCUUCUGUACAACAUUUACACCUAUGACCUGGAGCUUGUUGUGAAUUCCUUCUGUCAGAUUCUUCAAUACGCGGACGAUGUAGCCUUAUACUUUUCAUCAAAUUCUAUUGAAGAGGCAUCAUCACGCCUAAAUUCGGCUUUGGAUUAUUUGGGUGAUUGGUUAAAUGAUCAUGGUCUCUCUAUUUCUGUGCCCAAAUGUUCGGCGGUCACGUUUACUACAAAAUACAAGGUUCCACGGUGUAACAUUUCAUAUAAAGGGUCCUUGGUAUCGUGUUGUAAGCAAGUAAAAUUUUUAGGCCUUAUUUUAGACUCAAAGUUAAACGGUGUUCCUCAUUUUAACCAUGUGAUUAAAAAAAGUGAGAAAGGUGUUAAUGUUCUCCGUUCAUUAUCUGGUGUGAGGUGGGGAGCACACCCCUACUCGCAAAAGCUUUUAUACAAUGCUGUGGUACGAAGUCAUUUUGAUUAUGGCACCUUCCUUUUAGAUCCUGGCAACAAGCAAGCCCUUGAUAAAAUUUCCAAAAUUCAAUCGAAAUCUUUACGCAUCAUCCUUGGUGCUAUGAAAUCCUCUCCCAUCAAUGCUCUCCAAAUAGAAUGUGUUGACCCCCCCCUGUAUUUACGUAGACAAUUUUUAAGUGACCGCUUCUUCAUCAAAGUCCUUCAAUACUCUUCACAUUCCAUCUUGUCCAAAUUACGUCGCUUAUCUAAUCUCACGAUGCCAUCUAGUACAGGUAAUGUUCCAUGCCUGUUACACAGUUUUAAUAAACUUUCUCGUCUUCCUAAUCCUGUUGAAAGUUUCUCUAGUAAUCCCUUGUUUUUAAAUAGUUAUGAAUCCCUCAUUUUUGAUCCUAAAAUAAUUUUAAACUUUGGAAUUGAAAAAAAAUCCACCCAAGCUUCCACUUGUUUUCUGGAAAAAAUUUCAAAAGACUGGCAGGGUUGGUUACCGAUGUAUACUGAUGCUUCCAAGAUUCCCAAUAAUGAGUGCAUCGGUGCGGCUGUAUGGGUCCCUUCAUUCAAAACAGUAUUGAACUUUAAACUUCCUCCAUUGACCUCCGUUUUUUCAGGUGAAGCUUUUGCAAUCCUAGAAGCGGUUUUGUAUGCUGAGUCCCACAACCUAAAUAAAGUUACAAUUUUUUCCGAUUCUCGCAGCUGUUUACAGGCAAUUCUUUCCAAUCCAUUCAGGUCUAAAAAAAAACAUAAUACGAUUCUAAAAAUAAGAGAAGCUUUGUUUAGGUGUAGUAAAAAAGAUAUUCAUAUUGUACUUUUGUGGAUACCUAGUCAUUGUGGUAUAGCGGGUAAUGAAACUGCUGACUCUUGUGCAAAAGGUGCUAUUUUCUGCGGAUCUUGUCAGCAUCCCAACAUCUCGGCCCACGACCUAUCAGCUCUUGCGUACUCCCACCUUUUAAAAUCCUGGACUAUUGAUUGGCAAUCUUCUAAAGAAAAAACUGGCAGGCACUAUGCUAAUAUUCAGUAUUCUAUCCCUUCUUCGCCGUGGUUUUUUAAAUAUAAGUUUUUAAACAAAAAGGUCACGUCUAUAAUCUGCCGUCUUCGUAUAGGGCACGCUUGUACUCCUGUUCAUCUAGCCAAAAUUAAAAUUAAAGACAGUUCUCUCUGUGAGUGUGGUAUGGACGAGGGCUCGACAGACCAUAUAUUUUUUAACUGUUCUUUAAUUAAUGACUCGUUAUUUGACUAUCUUUCUCCAGAUUUCCCUCGUCCAUGUAACCUUAACUCCCUACUUUCCCUCCCAUCCAGCUCGAUCGUCAAAAUUUUAGGGAAAUUUAUUUCUGUUAAUAAAUUAAAGUUAUAAAUAAGAUUCUCCCCUUCAUACCUUGUAGUAAAAUGUUAACCUCUUGUAUAUAUUAUUAGAUGUCUGUGUGUGUUGUAUUUAUUGUGAUGUCAUUUUUGUUUUGGGUAACUCUGCUUAGAUAAAAUUAAAUCUAUCAAAAUUAUCAAAUCUAUCCUCACUGUGUGAAGACUUACACGUGACAUUGGCGGAAUUGUGAUUUACACAGAUGUCGCCAUUAUAAAUAAAGUGAAGUGAAG